UCUUUCUCUGCCCCCUCCCUCGCCCUUUUGGAGAGAGAGAAAGAGAGAACGGGCAAGGGAUUGUCUUGUUCCUUUCUUUCUCCUUGCUUAAUUUCUAGGGUUCUCUCUCUCUCUCUAAACUCGAUUCUAAAAUUCUGAUGGCGAAGAAGAGGAAAUCCGUCGCGAGUCGUCUCGACGAGGUCGAGCGGAGCAUGUACUCAACCUUCUGCAGCGCCGCCAACUCCCUCUCGCAGAUCUACACGCAGGCGAUGAACCAGCAGAAGCUCUCCUUUCAAGCUGGAGAACGCCACGCUUUGGAGAAACUGUACCAGUGGAUAUUGAGACAACAUCAAGAAACAUCAAGAGUGACUGCAGCUGAUAUAGUUGCCUAUUUGCAGCGUGAGAUAGAUAUCGGAGAGGAUUCAUCAACGUCUCAAAGAUACCAACCUUCACAAAACUCCAGCAUCCAAACCUCUUCUGGUCCGUUUCCUCAGGCAACAGUUGGACAUGGCAUUUUGCACGCCGGAAAUGGAUCUCGAAACCAUGAACCAUUUAAUCUGAACAAAGAUCCCAAUUCCACAGAUUCUUCUAUGGAUAUGCAUUCCGAAUAGGUUUGGAACCGGGUAAUUAUCUCCUUAGACAUCUGCUAUAGAAAUAUAGUUCUUUUAAUCUAGUCCAGUGUGCAGCAAGAUCAAGGUGUGAUACGAUAGCAGGUAUAAGGUGUGCAGCGUUCAAAUGGGUUUGAAGCACUUCAAACACACUCAUUUGCUUUGGUGCUGAAUUCAACGUGAAAAGUUUCGAGUGCGCAUGGGUUUCGUGACUGUUUUCUUGGUUGAGCUUGUUGGCAUAGUUGGAACUUGGUUGCUUGUCUAUUAAUUCUUUGUACUGUUAAUUGUGUCAAAACUUGUGGUAUGGUUUAUAGCAAAAUAUUAAGCGAAGCAUAUACAAGUUGCUGAUGUUCCUAUCUUGAGUAUGUGAUGGUGUAUCACGUUGCAUCUUACGGUUGCCAGAGCUUACUUUCUGAGGAAAACUUUGAGUAUUAGGUGACUAAUGCCUCAUUCUGCUGGUCACAUCGAAUGUGUAGGUCUCACCAUCGCCUCUGGUUGCUCAUUUAACGAACUGAGAUGUCAGCUCAUUAGCAACGAAUGUGUGUUUAUAUGCAGCGGAUAAUCUGAUUCUUCCUUGACGAAGUUGUAUGUAUAUCCGGUUCAAAAUUGUAGCGUGCAAAAUGUACCUCUCGUAUAGCAUGCCGAAGCCCCGCUUAAAUUUCAGUA